CUCUCCCUCCGUCAUACCUUGCGAAAUCCAGCCACCUUGGUGUCAGCGCGAAUCCGGCAUUUUCUUUUCUUCUUGGCAAAACUGCAAGAACCGACAUCAGAAUGGGCGUCCAGGUUAUUCCGAUUUCCAACGGCGACCAGGCCACCUUCCCCAAGACUGGCCAGACCGCCGUCGUCCACUACACCGGGACGCUGGACAACGGAACCGUGUUCGAUUCGUCGCGCACCCGCGGACAGCCCUUCCGCUUCAAGGUUGGCCGUGGUGAGGUCAUCCGCGGCUGGGAUGAGGGAGUCGCCCAGAUGUCGGUCGGUCAGAAGGCCAGGCUGGUCUGCUCGCCGGAUUACGCGUACGGAAGCCGCGGCCACCCCGGUGUCAUUCCGCCGAACGCCACCCUGACCUUCGAGGUCGAGCUGUUGCGAGUAGAAUAAACGCUCAGCGGUGCGAAAACACCAAACCAAUAUACAUAUAAUAUUCAAGCAAACAUGAUUAAGAAUAACACAAAAAAGAAUGAAUGAUAAGCUAACCAAUCAAGUAAUCAAACAAACAGGAAAUAAACAAACACAACAUACACCUCUAACAUACAAAAAACAACAACACACAUGAAAGCAAUCCUUUCCAGUGAGGAGAAAGAAAUGAUCCACAAAACAAACAAGCGAUUAAGCCAACCAACAUUAAACGAUGCAUUUACGUAAAAUUCAUACAAAAAAAAAAACAAAACAUUUUUCUCUUAUCGUGUGGCGGCGCGCUUCAGCCCGCAAAUUUAAAUACAAGCAUGAUCAACAUUUAAACAAUUCAAUUUUCAACUUUUAAGUAGUCAAAAUAUUUAAGCGUUACGUUCUUCUUGCAUAAUCGAUGGCCCUGUUUAAAAUGCUAUUUCAACUUUGAAUAACACUGAACACUUUAAACACUUACGCUAGCUCGGGUAGCAAACUUUCAAAAAACAAAAAGAAAUACAAACAAACUACAUUUAUUCAUAACACACAUCGUUUUGAGAGUGCUAUACAAGAAAGAAAAGUGAAAAUCAUUAAAUCUUAUACUAUUAAGACGAUUGAAAACCUACCUACUACAAAUGAGAGACGAAAAAAGAAGCUCCAGUUUUGAGAUUGUAAUUCUCGUGUUGCUAGCGAAAAA